CUCAAUGGAGAAUAAACUGAGAGAUUAUUCUCUCGAGCUCUGGAGAGGGUUAAAGCCUUACGUGCUUACAGUCUUCCUGCAGUUUGGGUUUGCUCUAUUGACCAUAAUUGCCAAGUUCGCGCUAAACGAGGGAAUGAGCACUUUCACCUUUGUUGUAUAUCGCCAUGCCCUAGCUACUGCUGUUAUUGCACCCUUCGCGCUUGUGUUUGAAAGGAAUUCCACUCCUCCGAUCACACUCUCAAUUUUCGUUAAGAUCAUAGCAUUGGGCUUACUAGAGCCCGUGUUAGAUCAGAAUAUCUACUAUCUAGGAAUGAGGAUGUCAUCAGCUACCUUCACUGCCACAAUGGGCAACGUCAUUCCAGCUAUAACAUUCAUAUUUGCCUGGAUCCUACGGCUAGAAGUAGUUGAUUUGAAAGAGAUCAGAAGUGUAGCCAAGGUGGUGGGAACUAUCGUUUCCAUUUCAGGUGCCAUGGUGAUGACUCUCUACAAGGGUCCAAUCAUAGGGAAGGGGUCACCAAGACUAGGCAACGAUUAUGGAUCAAUUGCUAACUCUAGUGACAAAGAUAUGGUGAAGGGCUCAAUCUUUCUCAUCAUUGCUUGCUGCUGCUGGUCUGGUUUCAUAAUACUACAAACUCUCACUUUAAGGGAAUACCCUUUGGAGCUUACCCUUUCGGCCUUGAUUUGCAUCAUGGGAGCAGCUGAAGGUACAGUGGCAGCCCUGAUUAUGGAGCGCGGACACUCGGCUGCCUGGUCUAUUGGUUGGAACUCAAAGCUCCUAGCCAUCGUCUUUUCGGCUGUUGUUUGCUCAGGUAUGGCAUACACAUUGCAAGGAUCAGUGAUGAAGGAAAAAGGGCCAGUUUUCGUCACAGCUUUUAGCCCGCUAAGCAUGAUCCUUGUAGCCGCAGCAGGGUUGGUUUUCUUAAGAGAAGACCUAUUCCUAGGAGGAGUGAUAGGCUCCCUUCUCAUAGUACUUGGACUUUAUAUGGUUGCAUGGGGCAAGAGCAAAGAUCCACCACUCAAUGAUCAAAAUCUGGAUGUCCAGCUAGCGACGGAUGCAUAAGGAGUGAUGCACGGUGCUAAUAUAAUUAAACAUGGAUCAUGGAUCUAGAGAUACUUGCAAAUUUCUCUUCAUAAAGAAGUUAGUCUAGUCCCCAUAAUGAUAAAUGGUUGUCAGUGGUGUCUUUGAAAUAUAGCAGAUCUUGUACAACAUGACAUUUGU